CCUCAGGAGGUUAGAAGCGACAGGAAAAUCCACCAGCUGAGGACCUCCUUCUAGGAUCAGAAUGGCAGAGGAGUGGGGAAAGCAGGUGUUUGCUGCUAGGAGGCAUCAUGAAGAUACAACCAGAGAGUCUUCCUUCGUUUACACAAACAGCAAUAACACCAGAGAUCCUUUUGAGGGACCUAACUACCACAUCGCUCCUCGAUGGGUUUACAACCUUGCAACACUCUGGAUGUUUUUUGUGGUCAUUGCGUCAACCUUCACCAACGGUCUUGUCUUGGUGGCCACAGCAAAGUUUAAGAAACUCCGUCAUCCUCUGAACUGGAUCUUGGUCAAUCUUGCAAUUGCCGAUCUUGCAGAGACACUGUUGGCCAGCACCAUCAGUGUGUGCAACCAGUUCUUUGGAUAUUUCAUCCUGGGACACCCCAUGUGCAUCUUUGAGGGCUAUACUGUCUCCGUUUGUGGUAUUGCUGGUCUGUGGUCCCUGACCGUCAUCUCUUGGGAAAGAUGGGUAGUCGUGUGCAAACCUUUUGGAAAUGUCAAGUUUGAUGGCAAAUGGGCCACAGCUGGCAUUGUUUUCACUUGGGUCUGGUCGGCAAUAUGGUGUGCCCCUCCCAUAUUUGGAUGGAGCAGGUUUUGGCCCCAUGGACUGAAGACUUCCUGUGGUCCUGAUGUCUUCAGUGGAAGUGAUGACCCUGGAGUCCAGUCCUACAUGAUUGUCCUGAUGCUUACAUGUUGUAUCCUUCCUCUGUUCAUCAUCAUUGUGUGCUACUUGGCUGUAUGGAUGGCCAUUCGUGCUGUUGCCAUGCAGCAGAAAGAAUCUGAGUCCACCCAGAAAGCUGAGAAGGAAGUCUCCAGGAUGGUGGUUGUCAUGAUUAUCGCUUACUGUUUUUGUUGGGGACCUUACACCUUUUUCGCCUGUUUUGCUGCGGCUAAUCCUGGAUAUGCCUUCCAUCCACUGGCUGCUGCCAUGCCUGCAUACUUUGCCAAGAGCGCCACCAUCUACAACCCAAUCAUCUAUGUCUUCAUGAACCGACAGUUCCGCUCAUGCAUCAUGCAGCUCUUUGGCAAACAGGUGGAUGAUGGUUCUGAAGUGUCCACGUCAAAGACAGAGGUCUCCUCUGUGGCUCCUGCAUAAACCUACAUGUUCUCCAUUUUCUGGAAAACAAUGUAUUGAUCUGUACAGAAACUAUUAUUUAUUUUUCUUCUGUUGAUGAACAUAGCUCUAUGGCAAAUGAAAAAAAAACACAAAAAUUGUUUAUGUGUAAUGAUUUAUUAUGUAUGAUUGUGUCACUGGUCUUUUUUGAAUUCCAUAUAAAUACAAGGCAUUCUAUAAA